UUCCAGAUCAAAAACAAAGUGCAGCAGCUGCUGAAAGGUCAUGAAAGGAUGAGACAAAAUCUGGAGAGUUUCCCACUGAGCCUACAGGACAUGGAGGAGAUUAUCAGGAGAACACGUCAGUCUGUGGGGGAGAAAUACCGUGUGGUGUGGAAGCUGCUGGAGGAGGACAUGAGGAGGACGGAGGGGCUGAUCGAGGCCGAGCGGGUGAGGAUGGAGCGUCUGCUCCGAGGGCAGCAGGUGGACAGCGUGGCCUACAGCGACAGCAUCACCGCCAUCUUCAACGGUGUGGAGCGUCUGGGUAACAGCACUGAGACACGGGACAUCAGGAGACUGCAGGAGAUUGUCAGUUGGAGAACACGUUUGGAGAUGUUUGAGGAUCUUGAGCAGAACAUAGGGAAGCAAUGUUGGCUUGAGAGCGGGAGGCUGGCUUCGCUGGAGCGUUCUGUGGACGAGCUGCGGCGGUCUGUGAGCAGAAUCCUGCCCCGCAUGUGGCAAUAUUCCCGGAACCUGAGCUUUGACGUGGAGACUUGCCACCCGUGCCUGUGUGUGCUGAGUGACCAGUGCAGUGUGCACUACAUACCUACACCUCUCAACCUCCCCAACAAGAACCAGCGCUUCGAAGUCAGCUACAAUGUGCUGGCUCGCGAGAGCUUCUCCUCGGGGAAGCACUACUGGGAGGUGAGGGUCAGUAGGACCGGGAGCUGGAGUGUGGGGGUGGCCUACGCCAGCAUGGCUCGCAAGGGCAAAGGCAAGGAGACGGUGCUGGGCAAGAACAAGCAUUCCUGGGUGCUCAGGAGACUGGACCGGGAGUACCAUGCUCUCCAUGCCUCCGACUCCAUCUCUCUGGAUCUCAACCACAAGGACCAUGGCUUUGAGAGGCUGGGGGUGUUCCUGCACUGCGAGGAGGGACGUCUGUCCUUCUACAAUGUGGACAGGGCCUCCCACAUCCACUCCUUCAAGGCCCACUUCCGGGCACCGCUCUUUCCCGCCUUCAGCCCGGCCUCUAGCCGCCAUGUCAGGAACCACGAGCCCAUCAUCCUCUGUCAUCUGUCCUUGGAGAGAGAGAGCGAAGACUGUGCCAUUGGGGAAGAGUGAUAGUAAUAAUAAUAAUCCUUGCAUUUUGUCUCAAAGCGCUU